CGAGGCCUGGGGAAUUAGGGGCGGGGAAAUCAGACUGACAGGAAUGGUCCAGAUAGGUCCCUAGGACUCAACUGGUGGAAGAAAAUGGACUCCUUCCCUUAACUCUGCCUUCCACAUGUGUUUCUCCCCUCAAAUAAAUAAUAAAAAGUGUUUAAUUAAAGGAUGUCUUUGAAUUCAGUUUGAGAGAGAUUUGGGGGAUUUGCUUUGUUUUUUGUUUUUUUGUUUUUUAAAUAAGGACACUCUAAAGAUGGUGCCUGGUGGAAGAAAACAUUCUGGGAAAUCUGGGAAGCCAUCAUUGGUGGAUCAACCUAAAAAAGUCUUUGACUUUGAGAAAGAGGAUAAAGAUUUGACUGGCUCAGAGGAGGAUGUUGCUGAUGAAAAGAUUCUAAUAAUUGAGAAACAUGGGAAGAAAAGACCUGGAGGAAGAGUUGAAGAUGUGGGAGGUGAAGUACAGAAUAUGCUGGAAAAAUUUGGAGCUGACAUCAACAAAGCUCUUCUUGCUAAGAGAAAAAGAAUAGAAAUGUAUACUAAGGCUUCUUUCAAAGCCAGUAACCAGAAAAUUGAGCAAAUUUGGAAAACACAACAAGAGGAAAUACAGAAGCUUAACAGUGAAUAUUCUCAGCAAUUUAUGAGUAUGUUUCAGCAGUGGGAACUGGAUAUGCAGAAAUUUGAGGAACAAGGAGAAAAACUAACUAACCUUUUUCGACAACAACAGAAGAUUUUUCAGCAGUCUAGAAUUGUUCAGAACCAGAGACUGAAAGCGAUCAAACAGCUACAUGAGCAGUUUGUAAAGAGUUUGGAGGAAGUGGAGAAAAAUAAUGAUAACCUGUUUACUGGCACACAAAGUGAACUUAAAAAAGAAAUGGCUAUGUUGCAAAAAAAAGUUAUGAUGGAAACUCAGCAACAAGAGAUGGCAAAUGUUCGAAAGUCUCUUCAAUCCAUGUUAUUCUGAUGAGUCUUUGAAGAAAGAACUUGAACCUA